AUGAGCUUAGAACAUGAGGAUAAGCGGGCUCGUACGCGAUCCAAGGCCCUCCGAGUGCCCCCAGAGCCCACAGGUGCCGACCUCAGCUGCCCCACCCCAGGGUGCACCGGCUCAGGACACAUCCGGGGCAAGUACUCCAGGCACCGCAGUUUGCAGAGCUGCCCUCUGGCCAAGAAGAGGAAGUUGGAGGGUGCCCAGCCAGAGCACCUGGUGUCCAAGCGGAAGUCCCACCCCCUGAAGCUGGCUCUGGACGAGGGCUACAGUGUGGACACCGACGGCAGUGAGGAUGCUGAGGUGAAGGACGCCUCUGUUUCGGAUGAAUCGGAAGGAACUCUGGAGGAGGACGAGGCUGAAAUGUCAGGACAGGAGGAGAUUCAUCGUCCUGAACCAGCUGAAGGAAGGAGCCCUGUCAAGCCCCACUUCGGAUCCAACCCCAUCAGCAGCCCCACGGGCCCCACCAAGGGCAGCUACAGCAGUUAUCAGGAGAUCAUCGCCACUUCUCUCCUAAAUUUGGGCCAGAUUGCUGUAGAGACGCUAGUUGGGGAGGAUUUGGGUCAGGUGGCCAAGCCGGGCCCCGGUGUUGUGCACCUGGUGCAGGAGGAGACCGAAGAAGGGGCCACCAGUGAUGAGGGGGAGAAGGACGUGUUCAUCCGGCCAGAGGAUACAGAGGAAGUCAUGGAAGUCACCAGGGAACGCUCCCAGGAGCUGGGUCCCCAGUCUGGGGAGGGCAUGGUCAGUGAGGAGUCAAGCAAGAUGAAAGUCAACCUGGGUAAUGAGGAGGAGGAGGAGGAGGAAGAGGAGGAGGAGGAGGAGGAAGAGGAGGAGGAAGAAGAGGAGGAGGAAGAAGAGGAGGAGGAGGAAGAGGAGGAAGAGGAAGAGGAGGAGGAGGAAGAGGAGGAAGAAGAAGAGGAGGAGGAGGAAGAAGAGGAGGAGGAAGAGGAGGAAGAAGUAGCCGCUCCCGAUGUGAUCUGUCAGGAGGAUGCCCCCCAUGCCCCCACCCAGAAGGCCCCGGAACCCCGGCACCCAGCAUCUCCCAGCCCCAAGCCCGAGUACUCUGUCAUCGUGGAGGUGCGCUCUGAUGAUGGCAAGGACGAAGACUCGCGCUCCCAGAAGUCUGCAGUCACUGAUGAGUCAGAGAUGUAUGACAUGAUGACACGUGGGAACCUGGGCCUCCUGGAGCAGGCCAUUGCCCUGAAGGCUGAGCAGGUGCAAGCCGUCUGCGAGCCAGGCUGCCCACCCACCGAGCAGGGCCAGCCGGGCCCUGGUGAACCGGGCAAGGUGGUGAGGCCUCUGGAUGCCGCACGGAAGAACUACUGCAGCAAAGAUCCCUCCAGAGCUGAGAAGCGCGAGAUCAAGUGUCCAACACCAGGCUGUGAUGGCACUGGCCAUGUGACAGGGUUGUACCCUCACCACCGCAGCCUAUCUGGUUGCCCCCACAAGGACAGGAUUCCCCCGGAGAUCUUGGCUAUGCACGAGAAUGUGCUCAAGUGCCCCACUCCUGGUUGUACAGGUCAAGGCCACGUGAACAGUAACCGCAACACGCACAGAAGUUUGUCCGGAUGCCCCAUUGCUGCUGCUGAAAAAUUAGCCAAAUCUCAUGAGAAGCAACAGCCGCAAGGGGGAGAUCCUUCCAAGAAUAGCUCCAAUUCAGAUCGGAUCCUCAGGCCCAUGUGCUUUGUGAAGCAGCUUGAAGUCCCUCCGUAUGGAAGCUACCGGCCCAGUGUGGCCCCUGCUACACCCAGGGCCAACCUGGCCAAGGAGCUGGAGAAGUUCUCCAAGGUCACCUUUGACUACGCAAGUUUUGACGCUCAGGUUUUUGGCAAACGCAUGCUUGCCCCAAAGAUUCAGACCAGCGAAACCUCACCUAAAGCCUUUAAAUGCUUCGACUACACGCAUGAUGCUGAGGCUGCACACAUGGCCGCCACAGCCAUCCUGAACCUCUCCACGCGCUGCUGGGAAAUGCCUGAGAAUCUCAGCACGAAGCCACAGGACUUGCCCGGCAAGGCUGCGGACAUCGAGGUGGAUGAAAACGGAACCCUGGACCUGAGCAUGCGCAAACACCGCAAGCGGGACAGCGCCUUCCCCAGCAGCGGCAGCAGCGGCAGCAGCCCUGGCGUGAAGUCCCCUGAUGCUUCCCAGCGCCACAGCAGCACCAGUGCCCCAAGCGGCUCCAUGACCUCGCCCCCGUCCAGCCAGGCUUCCCGCCAGGACGAGUGGGAUCGACCUCUGGACUAUACCAAGCCCAGCCGCCAGCGAGAGGAGGAGCCUGAGGAGUCAGAGCCAGCAGCCCAUUCUUUUGCUUCUUCUGAAGCAGAUGACCAGGAAGUGUCGGAAGAGAGUUUUGAGGAGCGCAAGUACCCUGGGGAAGUCACCCUGGCCAACUUUAAGAUGAAGUUUCUCUCCAAGGACAUAAAGAAGGAGCUGCUCACCUGCCCCACCCCUGGCUGUGACGGCAGCGGCCACAUCACCGGGAACUAUGCCUCUCACCGCAGCCUCUCUGGUUGCCCUCUUGCUGACAAGAGCCUCAGAAACCUCAUGGCUGCCCAUUCUGCUGACCUCAAGUGCCCCACACCCGGCUGUGACGGCUCUGGCCACAUAACGGGGAACUACGCAUCACACCGGAGCUUGUCAGGCUGCCCUCGUGCCAAGAAAAGUGGAGCCAGGGUGACGCCCACAAAGGAUGACAAGGAAGAUCCUGAGCUGAUGAAGUGCCCUGUGCCAGGCUGUGUGGGGCUCGGUCACAUCAGUGGCAAAUAUGCUUCACACAGAAGUGCAUCUGGCUGCCCGCUGGCCGCUCGGAGGCAGAAAGAGGGUUCUCUUAAUGGCUCACCGUUCUCCUGGAAGUCACUGAAGAACGAAGGGCCCACCUGCCCCACUCCAGGCUGUGAUGGCUCCGGUCAUGCCAACGGUAGCUUCCUCACCCACCGGAGCUUAUCUGGCUGUCCCAGAGCAACCUUUGCCGGAAAGAAGGGAAAAGUCUCAGGGGAUGAGGUUCUCAGCACGAAGUUCAAGACGAGUGAUGUUCUGGAGAACGAUGAAGAGAUCAAGCAGCUGAACCAGGAGAUUCGCGACCUGAACGAGUCCAACUCGGAGAUGGAGGCUGCCAUGGUACAGCUGCAGUCCCAGAUCUCCUCCAUGGAGAAGAGCCUGAAGAAUAUCGAAGAGGAGAACAAGCUCAUUGAGGAGCAGAAUGAAGCCCUGUUUCUGGAGCUGUCGGGCCUGAGCCAGGCCCUCAUCCAAAGUCUCGCCAACAUCCGCCUUCCGCACAUGGAGCCAAUAUGUGAGCAGAAUUUCGAUGCCUACGUGAGCACCCUCACUGACAUGUACUCCAACCAGGAGUGCUACCAGAACCCCGAGAACAAGGACCUCCUGGAGAGCAUCAAACGGGCUGUGAGGGGCAUCCAGGUCUAGACCCCAUCACUCCAGAGCCACCCCGCCAAUGGGGACAUCCGGGGCAGCCCAACUUGGCUCCCGCGCUUACCUCCCUUGCCCUGCCCCCGCAGUGGGGAGUCCCAACUCACAGUGACUUCCAGUUGGCAGCCCAGGGAGGCCUCAGUUGGGCUUAUCCACAGGGGUGCCUGGAAAUCAGUGUCUUUCUCGUUGCACUUGCCAGGCUGGAGGCCUUGACCUCCCCACACGAAUGCAGGGCAGGGCAUGAAGUAUUACAAAGUGAUUUAUUUUUGUUUUUUGAAAGAAAUCUGAAGAGCAGCUCAAAGUCUCCAGUGAAAGCUCAUGGACAAGGUUCUCAGGGAAGUUUUGGAGUUUGCAACCACAGUAUUCCUUUGUCUGUCGAGGCUGGGAGGGUAGCCGUGGGCACGGGGCGGGU